UAUGACACAAACCAACAACAACAACAGUAACAACACAAAAAUAAUUUGCCUUCGUUUCGCUGAAAAAAUUGCGAUAAAAUUAUAGUUUAACCAUGACACCAAGUGGAUAUGAGUUGAGUAAAUACAAAAAAAUCGCUGCCUGUUCUGCAUUAGUUUCAACGGUCGGAUCGGUGGUCUAUUUUUAUUACAAAAUGGAACAGUCGUUGAAUGCAAUAAUUAACACAAACGUUCUGGACAUUGACAAAAAGCGGCCCGAUUACAUUUACCUUAAGUAUUCGAUUUACAAAGAAUCAUUGGCUGAAAUCAAGCACAGUCAGACUUACGAUAAGAACUGGAUCAACAUUUUCAUAAAUCCAUUGGGGAAGUGGUGGAAAUCUCUGAAACAUUCGGUCGCUUGGCGUCUACUAGAAGUAGCAAAAUCAGAUGAUAAACAUCAGCGAAUGAAGGCUAUCCAUCAGCUAGCCCGGAUCGAUCAUCUGAAAGAUUGGGACUUUCAACACUUAGCCCAGCAAUGCAAUGCAACGUCUGCCGUUUCAUUAGCGCGAAAUAAUUGCGAUCUACGAUGGUUUCUACCACCACGAGCUGAAAGAGCGGUUCGACAGCCGAAGAGUUUGAUUUAUGAAUUGCGUGACCAGAUUGCAGCACUGCAGCCGAACAAAUGUGUGAAUUUUUUCCAUGGCACGGUUCUGAAUAAAUUCAACAUCUUGAAGGGAUUCGAAUACGACGACCAGUGGCAUCCGCUUGAUAAGUGCAAGGUCAGCAAACAGGAAACGGAGUUCUUGAAACAAUGUUUGGAAGUACUGAUUCAUUUGACCAAAGAAGCAGACGUCGUUCGAACGCUGAUCAACGAGCGUACGCUGGAAACUCUAAUGGAAGUCCAGAAAUUGUUCCAUAAAAAUCUGGAGAUGAAAUUUUUGCUGGCAAAAGUGAUUUCGAAUAUGUCAUUGGUGGCAUGCGAUGACUUUUUUGUGACAGGAUGGGUUGGCAUUUUGGCUGAAUGGUCCCGAAAUCCUGAUCUUCGUGUACAAGUAACAGCCGCAAAGGCUCUAAAUAAUAUGGACCAUGACGACAACAUUCGUUGCACAUAUCCAUCUCGAAUCUAUCCACUGCACCCGAAGACCCAACUGAAACGCAGACCCGACGUUGAUAUUGUCUUCGUUCACGGACUGUUAGGCGGAGUGUUUGUGACGUGGCGUCAGAAGGAUCGCGACUACCCCGACGAAUUGGGAUUAUACGGUAAGCAAACGAUUGACUCAUUUGAUGACGAUUUAUUUCUGGUGGGAGACGGUAGAAUACGCAAAAGUUCAGAUUUUGAACGAAACGACAGGCCCAGCGAUACGAUUUUAUACGACGAGGAAGAGCUGAUUAGCACACAGCCCGCUAAAAAACCGAAAACUAUUCUCAGUGACAUUGCAACAAAUGAACUCAUUGCCACUCUCAACACAUCAGGCGAACUGAAUUCCGAUUGGGAAGUUGUGUUUCCCGAUUGUCCAUUGUAUUCCAAAAAUGACUCGUUUAACGGACCGUACUCGAUAAUCGGCGAUAAAUGGAAAAAUGAUGAUCGCAGCGAGGAGUACACAUACUGUUGGCCGAUGGAUUGGUUACCGUUCGAUUGUCCGAAUCUUCGUAUCAUCGGGAUAAAUUAUGAGACUGCCUUGACAGAAUGGCAGGCUAAGCAUACGUGUACCUGCGAAAAGGGUAGAGGAACGCUAAAAAAUCGUUCCGACGAAUUGAUGAAAAGUUUAGCGGACGCUGGCUUAGGGAAAGACAGACCAAUCGUUUGGGUGGGUCAUUCCAUGGGUGGUUUGCUUAUCAAGGAAAUAAUCGUUCAGGCGAUGAAUGAUAGUAAUGAGGACAUCAAGAAAUUGGCAUUAAAUACGAGAGGAAUAUUGUUCCUUGGCACACCGCACAAAGGCAGUUCAGUGGCCAAACUGAAGCAACAUAUCCAAUUUUUGCUAUCUCCAACCAUUGAAGUGAAAGAACUAGAAGAAAAUGGAAGUUUUCUAUUGUCGUUACAUGACAAGUUUGUCGAUUAUUUACAUGAAAUGAACGAAAAAGUGAACAUAGUAAGUGUCGUCGAAGGCAGUCCCACAAUGCUGACAAGUUUCAAGUUUCCCAUACGAAUUGUGACACAAGAAUCGGCUAAACUACAGUUUGGCGACUUUUACGUUUUGAACGUGGACCAUUUGGGACUCAGCAAACCCAAUACACAACAAUCCUUCUUGUACCAAAGACUACUGAUGGUCAUCAAAGACGUUCUUGUUGCAUACGCCAAAGAAAACACCGUCCAGAUGGAGCAUGACGAUGACUGUGAGCCACGUGAGCCACAUUAACUCGAAAUAUUUUUCUUUUUCUUUUUUUUUUGUUGUUAUUGAGAUGUAAGAUAGAGAAAGCCAAUUUUAUUUUUUGAAUAUUUUUACAUGACAAAUACGCUCAAACGAUGAUUAGCUCAUCUGUCGAUCUUGUAGCUUCAGUUUUGUUUUUUGUAUUUUCGUAAUUUUAUUGAGAUGUGGCCGAUAUGACAAAGUUCUAAUUCACUUGUCCGAACUAUGAACGGUUGAUCGGUAAUAUUGUUUUUCAAAAUUUGUAGUGACACAAGACGUUACAGUUCGAUAUCAAUCAAAAAUAUCAAUAAAGCGACGACACCAGAGAUAAUCUCUAUAAAGACUCAUCAAUUUUGGAACGUAGGGCGAUCAGGGCGAUGUUGAGCACCGAAAUUAUUUGUAAUGUAAAUGAAACGAAUCCGGCGUAGUCUAUGUAAAAUACUCCCAAAGACGUCUUUCGGAUGGGUGGAAAAGAGGCGGAGCGCACGCAAUCCCUCAUGUUUGGUGUGAAACAUACGCAUUAACAAUAAAACUUGUUUGAGUGCUGGAAGGGCCCUAACAAAGGUAGACCUAGUGUAAGCUUAAUCAGUUCGCAUUGUUGAGAAACCAAAUUGAUGAUGACGUAUUGUCACAUAAAUAGUCCAAUUAAAAUUCUGAAAAAUAUGACGUGUCCAGAAAGUCAGAUUAUCUCGAAUUUUCCACCCUCGUUAGGAACCUUCUAGCACUCUCUAAACUUCUUACGUGAGACAAUAAUUUCGUAGAGUUUAAAUCGUAGAAUUAUUAGGAUAGACGUGGAUGUAGCCUAUUUAAUUGUGUUUGAAAUACGUACAAUUGAAAGUGAAUGAGAAAUUUGCUGUAUAUAGUGUUGAUAGUGAUCUUCCAUUGCAAACGCAUCACUAGAUUACACAGUCACUACUGUUGUUUCAGGUAUUUUAAGUUUGAUUGAAGAUCUAGUACUUCCUCAGUUUUAACACUGUUUAAUAAACAGACCUGUUCCAAAAGAAAUAAUUUCCUCUUUUAAGCUGCUCCUGAUUUCUACGGUCUUCAUAUGUGUGUAAAAGUCUAUUGUAUAUCGCUUCAAUCGGAAUUACGAAAUGUUUGAAUUUUGCUUUGGAAAUUUUGUUACCGACCUUGAAACGCUUAAAAAGCUAAAAUUCGUCGAAUUUAUAUUUUAUUCCUUAGACUCAACCGUUUUUUGUUUUUAUUGAAUUUGCCAUUUAUUUAGACUAGGUACAAGUACAACCAGUAGAACAAAAGCAUUGUGAUAUUAAAUUUUAUGAAACCGAAACGGA